GAUACCGAUGGCCUAAGAGGCUUGUAUUCGUGAUGCUGCCUUUAAUUAGACUUUGACUUGAUGCAUGGAAAUUACACCAACAGAUUGUGGUCCUCUUGAAACCACCAAGACUCCUUGAGAAAUAGGAUAUAAGACUCUACUGUUCCUUCUCUGUUAUCAGUCAUCAGUUAGAAGCUGGGGGAGCUAUGGCCAAGAAGACAAACUUUCUUCUGUGUGGGCUUUCCUGCUUGGUCCUUGUUGUGAGGACAUACAAUGAUCCAUGCGCAAGCCAUCCCUGCCCUGCUAAAUCUUACUGUGUCUCCAAGGAACAAAAAUACUUCUGUUAUUGCAUAGAUGGAUAUGUUUCGAACACAGGAGAAAGAAAUUUCAAAGACCAGAACGUCGUUUGCAGAGAAAUCGACAUUGUGAACUGCUCUAAUUUCAGUAGUGAUGCAACGUUUCAGAACUGUCAGAAGCAGUUAAAUUUGAGCAGUUCUAUGGACAACAGCAGAGAGAUCUGCACCGGUUUUGCAAAGCUGUCCCGCGGCUGUGGGGAGAGAAGAACCACUCUGUCCCUACAGGAAAUCGGAAACUCUUACCAUUUUCUCACAAACCUCACUUCCCAAUUAACGCCUGGAAAUCAAAAACAGAAAGCAAGGCUAGUGACAACCUACCUGCAGAGUAUAGAAGCGGCCGUCCUUGCCACUGCGUCCAGAAAUCCAAAGGAAACACAGAAGGAGGAAGGGCCUUUUAUGGCCAUCAACACACAAAGGGUUGAGAACUGCAGGCUGAAGACACUCAGUUUGAAGGCAGAAAAGCAGACCAUGGAUAUCCACUGCAGCACCACUGAGAAAGAAAUCUUGGGAGGUAUUGUCGCAUUUAUAUCUUAUGCUUCUAUUGGUCCCAUCAUCGGUGAGAGUUUUGCGUCUGAGGAAAAUCUAAGGACAAAGGAAAAAUUGCAUAAUUUCUACCUGAACUCCAAGGUAGUGAGUGGUACAGUGGGAUCCAGAAAGAACAUCUCACUCCCUGUGUCGGUUAAUUUCACAUUUCAGCAUGAAAAGAUGAAGAGAGAAAAUGAGCAGUCUAUCUGUGUCUACUGGCAAGGGUCGUCUUGGUCUAACGAAGGCUGUCAAGUCAUUUCUUCAGAUGAAAAUCAAACCCUUUGCAGCUGCAACCACCUCUCCAGCUUUGCCAUCCUUGUGGCAACUGCCAAAUUAAAGGUGGACCCUGUACUGACCAUGAUCACAUAUGUGGGGUUGAGCCUCUCUCUGCUGUGCCUCUUCCUGGCAGCCCUCACCUUCCUCCUGUGCCGAACCAUCCAGAACAUCAGCACCUCCCUCCACCUGCAGCUCUCCAUCUGCCUCUUCCUGGCCCACCUGCUCUUCCUCACAGGCAUUGAGCGGACAAAGUCCAAGGUGCUGUGCUCCAUCAUCGCUGGGGUGCUGCACUACCUCUACCUGGCCUCCUUCACCUGGAUGCUCCUUGAAGGGCUGCAGCUUUUCCUAACAGUCAAGAACCUCAAGGUGGCCAACUACAUCAGUGCAGGGAAAUUCAAGAGGAGGUUCAUAUAUCCUUUUGGCUACGGGAUCCCAGCUGUGAUUGUAGCUGUGUCUGCAGGGCUUGGACACACCAGUUAUGGAACAGAAACUCACUGCUGGCUCAACUUCCAUGGAAGAUUUAUUUGGAGCUUCAUGGGACCUGUUUUUGUUAUUAUUUUGAUCAAUUUUUCCUUCUAUCUGACCACCCUAUGCAUUUUAAAAAACCAGCUUAGCUCCCUCAAUAAUGAAUUAUCCAGGAUGCACAACACAAGGAUGCUGGCAUUCAAAGCCAUUGCUCAGCUUUUCAUUUUGGGCUGUUCUUGGGGCCUUGGUUUCUUUCUGGUGGAAGGAGUACUGGACCCCAUCAGGUCAGUAAUGGCCUAUUCCUUCACCAUCAUCAAUGUCCUACAGGGCGUCUACAUCUACCUGGUCUACUGUCUUCUCAAUCACAAGGUACGAGAAGAAUACAGACGCUGGUUCAAGAAGAUGAGGAAAAGGACAGAAACUGGCAACUAUGACUUUUUUGGCUCAGUCACCCAGACCAAAACGGUGGAGAACACAGUGGACUUCCCUGGGAAAAGCAGCAACAUAUCUUCAUAGCAUAACGCAACCCAUGCUCCAGACUCACUACCGGCUUUCCUGAGAGUGAAAAGGACGAUGGAGAAGAAAGCAACCUAUUCAAAGGUGUUUGGGUUAACUCUUCCAGCAUCCCCUGGACAUGUGAAUGGAAGUCCUGUUUUAAUUCUAUAGCAUGGUUUGGGGAGCUUCCUUCAAACUCUUGACUCCUGUUUUCAUACUUGGUAGAUACAUACCCGGGUUGCUGUGGAAGCAAGCUGUUCUAUCUCUCUCUCUCUCUCUCUUCCUCCCUCUCCCCUCCCUUCCUCCAUCUUUCAUUUUACACUGGGGCACGGCUACCAUCUGUCACCAUACAACAUUAUUAAAAUAUCAAUGACUAUACGCCCUGUGCUAUACCUUUCAUCCCUCUGACUUUCCUAACUGGAAGCCUAGAUCUCGCACUCACCCUACCCAUUUGCCCAUCUCCCCCAUACCCUCCCUACUGGCAACCAUCAGUUUGUUCUCUGUACUUAUAGGUCUGAUUCUGGUUUUUGUUUGUUUAUUCAUUUGUUUUGUUUUUUUAGAUUCCACAUAUAAAUGAAAUCAUAUGGUAUUUGUCUUUAUCUGUCUCUCUUAUUUCGCUUAGCAUAAUAUCCUCUAGUUCCAUCCAUGUUGUCAC